AUGCAGCCUCCAAACAACCUGUCCAAGGGGUUCGAUACCAUAGAAUCCACCAUCGAAGCCUUCCGCAAUGGCGAGUUCAUUGUGGUGCUCGACUCCCAGGAUCGUGAGAACGAAGGCGACCUGAUCAUCGCCGCCGAGGACGUCACCACCGAGAAGAUGGCCUUCAUGGUCCGCUACACCAGCGGCCUGAUCUGUGCUCCCAUCACUUCUCAACUCGCUGCUGCACUGGCACUCCCGCAGAUGGUGGUGGACAACGAAGAUCCCAACCGCACGGCGUAUACCAUCUCAAUCGACUCGACUGACGAGAGCGUGACCACCGGCAUCUCCGCCCACGAUCGAGCUCUGACCUGUCGCACCCUCGCCGGCAAGAAAGCCACCGUCGACAGCUUCCGCCGACCAGGCCACGUCUUCCCGCUCCGCGCCCGCGACGGAGGUGUGCUGGAAAGAACAGGCCACACCGAAGCAGCGGUGGAAUUCUGUCGGCUUGCCGGCAAGGCCCGAGUCGGCGUCAUCUGCGAGAUGGUCGACGACGGAGAGCCCGUCCCGGGACAGACCGCCAUGCGCGAACCCGGCAUGAUGAGGCGCGAUGCGUGUCUUGAGUUUGGCCGCAAGUGGGGACUGAAGGUUUGUACCAUCGAAGACCUGGUCGAAUAUGUGCAGAAGGAGAAGACGGCGAGGAAUGGUAAUGGGCAUGUGACGAAUGGGGUGAAUGGGGCUCAUUGA